UCUUCUCUGAUAUUUAUACCUUCUUUUCACCAGAAUUAACCAUGGUGCCCAACAAGCUAAACUUGAAAAGGCGCAGACUUCAAGAUCCAGCUGAAAGUGCGGGCUCAAGCACGAACCCUCAUAGCAAAAGUGAAGUACGAAGCCCAACAACUCUAGAUAGGAUGGUUGGGGUUUCGGGCAGUAAAAAUCAAGAAAGAGACCAGUUAUUUGGUAAUGACUUGGUACAAAUCCAUCAAGGUCAUAUGAGCCAUAAAUUUAUCAAGGACAAGUUCAUAUCUGGUUUGGGUGCACUAGCAUCAUCAAUCCAAGUUGUGGCUAUUCAUAUGACUGCUCGUUCCUGCUUUGUUUCGCAAACAAAGUUGCAAUCUUUCAAUCUAGUUGCAAAAGCCAUGGAGAAAAAAUGCAAUGGGAAUGCUAAUGUGAAGGUUGGUUGGUAUGGAUCUUCCAAGGAAGAAAUCAUUGAUAUAAUUUCUAAUGGUUUUGUUCAAUCAAGUUAUCGUCAUGGAGUUCAAUUUUCUGCCACUGAUUACGCUCUUGAUUGUCUUCAAACUGCUAUUCAAGACAAAGACGGACUAAGACAUCUAUUGAUUUGCAGUGUGGUACUAGGAAAAGUCGAAGUUGUCACUCCUGGUUCAGGACAGUUUCAACCAAGUUCUGAGGAUCUUGAUUCUGGGGUUGACAAUUUAUUAUCUCCAAGAAAGUAUAUAGUUUGGAGUUGUCACUUGAAUACUCAUAUCUUCCCUGAAUUCAUAGUCAGUUUCAGAGUUUCUCCUCAUUCAAAUAGGGUCGAGAAAUAUCCAACUAUUUCAAAGAAUGUAAAUUUGAGGAUUUCCUUUGAUGCUGUGUUCACUAGAUUAUCAAGGAUCGUGCCUCCUCAUGCUAUCAAAUUGAUAACAGAAUAUCGCAAUGAUCAUCAAGAUGGGAAGAUCACUAAUCAAGAAUUUGUAAGGCAAGUGAGCGAAGUAGCAGGAAACAAUGUGUUGAUUGAAAUCAUAAAGUCCAUUUCUUCUGCUCAGAGUAAUGUAGCUCAGCGGAGACUGACAGAGAAAUAAUGAUACAAGGAUUAUGUCUUACAGAGGAUUGCUGACAUCACAUAUUAGUCUGUGUAUUAGAUCUUUUUUUGACCUUUCCCUAGUCCAUUGGUAGUAGUCACUAGUAUAACAGUGUAGUUGUUGUACGAGUAACAGUGCGCGCUACAGUUUCUUAUCUUCUCAUGGUUUGUCCUUGUACUUAAGGUGGUGAAGUUCACCUGUAAUGUCAUUUUAACAUUGAUAUCUUUAACUUUUCUAGUAGUGGAUUACUUUCCUUU